AUGGAUCCGAUUCCAGGAGCUUCGGUCCAGCGAUCCAACUCGCUCAAACCUCACUCUCACCGAAUACGUCCCCCUACGGACCUCUCCACUGCACCUCCAGCACCACCUCCUCCGCAGGGUUACGCACCUCGGCAUCCCGAGUCUGAUCGAACUCAAACGGAUUAUAACAAGCCUGUCGAUAGGGUCCGGGCGGAAGAGGUCGAUCCAAACGUCAACGGGGCUUCCGGUGGACCUCCUCGAACGCGGACGGGGAGCGACCCGAACGUCCGAGUAAAGAACGCGAGACAGGUCGGAGAUUGGCAAUUGGGCAAGACGAUCGGAGCUGGGAGUAUGGGGAAAGUCAAGACGGCGACCAACGUCUAUACGGGGGAAAAGUGCGCGGUCAAGAUCAUCCCUCGGUGGUCGACACCGCCUGCACCUAAACCCACCAGCGGAGAACCCCUAGCAGCCGGCCUCGAACCAGAAAAAGCCGCUGCCGUCCGAGAUGCUAGUAAAGAAACGAGGACGAUCCGGGAAGCCUCGAUCUCGCUCUUACUGCACCACCCUUAUAUCUGCGGCAUGAGGGAGAUGAUCGUGCACGCGAACCAUUAUUACAUGGUCUUCGAGUUUAUCGACGGCGGUCAGAUGUUGGACUAUAUCAUCAGUCAUGGGAGGCUGAGAGAACGGGCGGCGAGGAAGUUUGCCAGACAGAUCGCUAGCGCGUUGAAUUAUUGUCAUCGGAAUUCGAUCGUCCAUCGAGAUUUGAAGAUCGAGAACAUCCUGAUUUCAAAGACUGGCAACAUCAAGAUCAUCGACUUUGGAUUGAGCAACCUCUACUCUCCUUACGACCACCUCUCGACGUUUUGCGGAUCGCUCUACUUUGCCGCGCCCGAGCUCUUGAACGCCAGGGUGUAUACCGGACCCGAGGUCGAUAUCUGGAGUUUUGGGAUCGUGCUAUACGUGCUCGUCUGCGGUAAAGUACCCUUUGACGAUCAGAGCAUGCCGGCUCUGCAUGCCAAGAUCAAGCGAGGGUUGGUCGAUUAUCCGGCGUGGUUGUCUGCAGAAUGCAAAGACCUGCUUUGCCGGAUGCUAGUGACCGACCCGGCGAAUCGAGCGACCUUGGCCGAGGUCAUCGCCUCGCCCUGGCUAAACAAGGGGUUCGAGACGCCUACAGACUCGUACCUCGUACCGCGCGAACCGCUGCGAUCGGAAGAACUUGACCCCGAGGUCUUGCGCGGGAUGGCCGGUUUCGAGUUUGGGAGCGAGGACAACAUCCGUCAACGGAUGACCGAGCUGUUGACGAGCGAUACCUACCGGAGGGUGCAUGGCGAGUGGGAGACGAGACGGAGUACGCAACCCAUGUCUCCGCCUGCCGGCCUUGCUUCACCUACCAAGGGCAAAUCUACGCCGACGAGACGGUUCUCCGGUUUCGACUUUUACAAAAAGGGCUUGUUCAAAAACAACUCGACGGCGUCAAAUAACAAGGACGACGCACGGUCGGAUCGGCUGACCGGACCUGGUCGUACGCUCGGGGACGAUCAGGAAUACCUCGAUCCGACCCGUGGAUUCCAUCCCUUGAUCUCGAUCUACUACUUGGUACGGGAAAAGAUAGAGAGGGAACGGGUCUACGGACCAGGCCUAUUCGCCUCGUCCGAGCUUUCACUAGCACAAUCGCCCGGCUCAUUACCCAACGGUGCGCCAGGUGCUCCGAACGCCAGGGCACCGGCUUACGGUAUGCCAUUACCUCGUCUGUCGAUUCCGGAAACGUCGCAUGCGCCAGCUCGAGGGUCGGAUUCUGUCCGAGCUGUACCGCCCUCGGGCGUCUCGGGUGGAUUUGAAUCGCAGCCAUUACCCCGAAAUCGCGGUGAAAGCCUGAAUCAGCGAGCAGACCGCGUCAACGAGCUUCGGGCGGCAGGUGUUAUGCAACAUCCAGAAGAAGACUUUGAUCGGAGCCGACUCGAUCAGGUGUCGUCACCUCAGGUUCCGAGCAGCGUGUCCGGCUCGAGUCACCGUCGAAGCUACUCGAUGAACGGUGGGCUGGGCAGUCCUACCGAAGUGCAUACCUCCCGAAUGGUGUCGAGCGCUUCUCAAAACGUCAAGAUGGAUCAUGCGAUAGAUGAGGACCUAGUCAGGGAUACGCAGGAUCUCUCAAUCGGCGACCAGCGCUUGAUUCAGGAGCCGGAAAGCCUCCCUACCGACUCGUUCGAGACGGCCUUGACUUCAACUCGCCCAGAACGCGCGACCAUCGAUCCGAGGACGCAUCUCGUCGACUCGUCGGCCGAGGGUAUCAUCUCGGACGCUGCACCGGUUCGUCCAUCACGGUCGGACCAGAUGGAACCCCGUGUCAAUCAGACCCCGACCAAAAUCGAUGCCAAGCCCGUAUACCUCAAGGGUCUUUUCAGCGUUGCAACGACUACAUCCAAAAACGUCGCCACAGCACAACGAGAGAUCCGGACCGUGCUCGACCGGAUCGGCAUCCACUAUCGCCCGAACAAGACCGGCUUCGAAUGCGUUCAUGCGCCUUCGAUUGACUUGUCAUCGGUACAGCCUGUCGAAGGCAGUGGGCAGACUGGGGGUGGUCCGAAACGACCUUCAAUAGCAUCAGCGGGCGAGGAAGGGUUCGACGCCUGGGCGUUUGGAGAGAAUGGGUCUGCCGGGAGCGCCUUGCUUGUCCGGUUCGAGAUUAGCAUCGUCAAGGUCACCUGGCUAGGCCUCAACGGAAUACAAUUCCGUCGAAUCGGUGGAGACGGCUGGCAAUACCAGAUGCUGGCGAAGCGGAUCUUGGUCGAGAUGCGCCUAUGA